UGUGGAUCUGGGCGGGGACAUCCAACCCACGCAUAAAAAGCUGGAAAUAGUAUAACUUCAGUUGAAGUCUGGAAUAAUGUUUUGCUGAUCCUGUGACAACAAAGUUCGAUCUGAAGCUCAGACAGUUCGGUUGAUUUAGGAGGAAAAAGACGUUCGCAAUAAAGACCAAAAGCAAGAAGGGGCUAAAGAUGUUCAGGAGAUUUAACUGCAGUGGAUUAGUGAAUCGAACCUCAAACAAGCCAGUUCCUCUGAAGAAUAUUUCAGUGAAUGUAGAAGUUAAAGGUUUUGUUGCUGAUGUUGUAUCAACGCUGGUUUACAAGAAUGAAGAGGAAAAUCCAAUUGAGGCCGUCUUUGUUUUUCCAAUGCAUGAUGACUGUGCAGUGUACAAGUUUGAAGCUACUGUAGAUGGCAAGACAGUUGUUGCAGAAAUUCAGGAGAAGCAGCAGGCUCGAGACACUUAUGAUGAUGCCAUUAGCAGUGGACAGGAAGCCUUCCUGCUGGAGCAGGAUGAAAGUUCCUCAGAUGUUUUUACCUGCACUGUUGGAAACCUCCCUCCUAAACAGGAAGCUACAGUUGGUUUGGCCUUUGUUAUGGAGCUACCACUGGAGGCAGAUGGUGCUGUCCGCUUUGUCUUGCCUGGUGUUCUAAACCCCAGAUACACCCCACAAGGUUUUGAUCAAGGUCAGGUAACUCAGCAAGUUCCAAGAGUGCCAAUGAGUGAAGUACCAUAUAAACUGGAAAUGGAUGCCAGUAUCAAAUACCCACAUGAGAUAACUAAAGUGGAGUCCAACUCUACCAUCACCCCUUUGCAAUAUCUUAAUUCAGACAAGACUUCAGCCAAGGUCUCAUUGGACCAGGGACACCAGUUUAACAAAGAUGUGGAGUUACUGAUUUACUACAGCGAUGUUCACAAGCCCAGCAUCUGUCUGGAAUCGGGGCUUGAAACAGCAGAAGCAGGUACACUGAUGGGAGAUGCUGCACUAAUGCUGAACUUUUAUCCAAGCAUCCCAGAAAGCACUUCUCAGUCAAAUAUGUGGGAAUUCAUUUUUGUUGUCGAUCGGUCUGGUAGUAUGGCUUGUCCAAUGAAUAACAAAUCUCGUGCCACAACGAGGAUCAGUAGUGCUAAGGAAACUCUACUGUUUCUCUUGAAGAGUCUCCCUCUUGGCUGCUAUUUCAACAUCUAUGGAUUUGGUUCUCAUUAUGAGUCUUUCUUUUCGGAAAGUCGUGAAUAUACCCAAGAUUCCAUGCAAGAGGCACUCGAGAAGGUAGAGAAAAUGGAGGCUAAUUUUGGUGGUACUGAAAUCCUUCAACCUCUUCAAGACAUAUACAAGAAAGCCUGUGUGCCCGGACGUCUUAGACAAGUGUUUAUUUUCACUGAUGGAGAGGUUGGCAACACAAAACAAGUCAUUUUGCUAGUAAAGAAGCAUUCUACAAAUCACAGGUGCUUUUCUUUUGGAAUUGGUGAGGGGGCUUCUACUGCUCUGGUUAAAGGGAUUGCUAAAGCUGCUAAUGGGACAGCAGAAUUCAUCACUGGGAGUGAACGAAUGCAGCCCAAGGUCCUGCAGAGUCUGAAACGUGCACUGCAGUCAUCAGUCAAAGACAUCUCUGUAAGCUGGCAGCUACCAUCUGGAGUCAAAGCAAGUCUUUUGUCCAAGGCUCCUGUGGUGAUGUUCCAAAACCAAAGAUCCAUCAUCUAUGCACAACUCAAGGGCAAGCUGGAUGAAAAGGCUGAAGGUCAUGCGUCUGUUGAAUAUAUUUUUGAGGAUCAAAAAUGUAAAGAGAGUUUACAGUUCCGUCUUGAGCCUGAAAGAAGCUCUAGGCUCACAGUUCAUCAUUUGGCAGGGAAGAGGAUGAUUUCAGAACUGGAGGAAGGUGAACAUGAAAACUCAGAUGAAGUGAAAAAAAGGAUUACUGCUUUGAGUCUCCAAACUGGAAUUAUCUCAUCUCACACUGCUUUUGUGGCUAUUAACAAAGAACUCAACCAACCCAUUAAAGGCCCACUGAUAAGAAGAGACAUUCCUAUAGGAGGAUAUAUGAUGCCAAAAUGCCGCUCUAUUCCUGUGUGUCUGGCUGCUGCUCCUGUGAAGGUUGUUGAGAAAAAAGAAAAGUGUAUGAAAAUGAAUACAGCUCCAGCUCCAGCAGCACUUUUGUGUUAUGCAGAGAUGCCACCUAUGUAUAAUCGGAAGCUGUUUGGCGGUUCUGAAUCAGAUACAAAAGAAGAUAGUUGUUGCUUUGAUCUGAGCUACAAUCUGUCAGUAGAAAGUGCUGCUGUGUCUUCAGGAGCCAAGCAAGAACUACAUAAACAGUCUCUCUCCAAACAUUUCAGAAAAGCCAUAAAACACGGGGAAGGUUCAGUCUCUGAGGUAAGCAAAAAGGAAGAAAGCUCACCAACAGUGAAACUUGUUUCUCUUCAGAAUGCUGAUGGCUCCUGGAAGUUAGAUAAGGAAUUUGCUGCUAUUAUGAAGUUAAGUGAAAAGGAGCUGAGCAGCAAAAUACCAAAACAAGAAAUUGACAGCAGCGUCUGGGCAACAGUGCUAGCCAUAGUGUGGCUGCAUGCUUUUGGAGCUGAACUUAAAGAUGAAUGGGAGUUGCUGGUUGGAAAAGCCCUGACAUGGGUCAAAGGUCAUGCAGGUUCCAACCUAAGGGAAUGUAGUAAGGCAGCUAGCGAUCUGCUGAAAACUCCCUUCAAACCAGAGAUUUUUGGUCUCUAAUGAAAUGAAGCAAGACAGUAAAACUGAACUGCAUCAGAUAAUACUGAACUAAUUGUCUUAAAACAAAGAUUGUAACUGAUAUUAGCUGAAUUUUCCUUAUGCCUUUUCUUAAACAUUUAUAUCUACAUAUCUGCUAUGCAAACAUGAAAAGAAAUAAAGGUUUUCUAUAUAUUUAGAAAGUUUUAACUUUGCAUAUAGCUGCUUGUUUGUGAGACUGCAAAGUACAGAAUAUAUUCAUAGUGUAAGCUUCUCAGAUUAUAAUGCACCAAAAUGGCUAUAGGUGCCAACUGUGUGAGCAUAGUGUCUUUAGAAAAAUUGAACGACUGUUUAUUAAUGUAGCUCCUGAACAUUCCUAAAGGUGAAGGUUUUAUGAUCUACAAUAAAGUAAAAGUGUCAUCCGCCUGUAUGUUCUAUAAAGCUUCUAACAUUUUUUUAUAUUACAAAAGUACAGUUUGUUUUAUAUUUUCUUUAUAAAACUAAAUGUUAAAAUGGUUAAUGUUCAUACUUUUGUCAGUACAAACUGAGCAAAACUUUGCUUUUAUUAAUUAAAGAUAAGGGUUUUCUGCCUAUUGUUGGUUUAGUUAUGUUCACUCAUUAUUUAUUUACGCAAAAGGAGAGAAAUUAUGAAUUGUAAAAGCCAUGUGUGUGAUAUUCUUCAACCGUCACUGGAUGCUUCUUGGAAUAAUACUGUCUGUAUUAUAAAAAAACUUUUUUCAUCUCAACCAGAAUUACAUAAUCCUAACAGUAAUAUAAGUAGCCCUAAUUGUGAGGGAAUGAGGAAAAAGUUACAGUUGUAUAAUUUUGUAAUGUCUAAUGAAAAAUUAGGUUGUAUGGUACAAACUGUAUUGUCUCAGUAAGUGAUACUCUGUUGCCAUAUACAGAGUAUCAUAUAAAUAUGUUACUGUGUUCCUAUACAAGUACUGUGCAGUGUGAUCGGUGUUUCUGCUUUCACACUUAUCAUUCUCUACGUUCGUUGUUUACUUUUCUAUUUACUUACAGAGAUAAAGUGAACCAUAACAAUGUACAAAAUAUUUUUCAAUUAAUGUUUAAUGUUUUGCAUACUAUUUUGUGACACACAACUCAUUCAGUUUAGCUGCUUGUUAGUACACAAAAUGAUAAUGCUGAAGGAGAAAUAGUCUGGCAAAAGUUGAAUAGAAAUUGAGGAACUGAAUAUUCAAGAUGCUUUUAAAAAGGAAUUCUCACCAAAUACAGAAGUGGUGAGACUAUGAACAGUCCAGAUUGUGUUAAACAAGUAAAGCUUUCUUUGGUUGUAUAAUGUUUGCAUUUUAUAGCAGAUGAUAAUUCUGUGUGCAGAUUAUCUAAUUUCCCAAUAGUAUGAUAAAUAAAACUUCAUUCUGCUUA